UUGGGAAAGGCCACCACUCAGGAAGAAAGCGGGUGGCUGGAGACUGAGAAGCACAGGCCAGGAGGGCAUUGAGGGCCCGGGCAGGGCUCCUGAGCCUGGAGGCUACUCAGAGAAGCCGACAGGGCCUCAAGAAACCUCAGAGCAAAUUCAGCAUUUCCAGGUCUCUGAUGUUCCAUGCACUUGUUGAACUUCUCCAGCCCUGAAGCAGCGGGCCAGAAAAGAGGAUCAGCUCCCAUUCCAAUGGGAACUAACUGCCUGCCAGGUGUCUCACCCUGUGGGCCUGGCAGAUGUGAUACAGAUACCAAACACCUCACUUCCUCUUUUCUCCAGGAACUUUAACCCAGUUGUCUCUUUGUGCGUUGGGGCUUUAGCCAGGCACCAAGGAGCCAGGUCUUGGAUCGCAGGCAGUUUCUGCAGAUGAGAAAACAGGUCCAGAGACAUCGUGCCUUGCUCAAGGUCACACAGCUAGACAGCACCAGAGGUGAGACCUGGAGCUACAUCUUGACACAACUCUCAGCUCAGAACUCUUUCCAAUGGGCCGCUCAUCAUUUUGAGGGCCACAUUGCAACCUCUAUUUGAAUUUGCACCCAGCUCCGCCACUCUCCUCCCAAACCUAGAGCCUUAGGCCUUAGGAAAGAAAACGCUGAGCCCUGAAGAGAAAGUUACAGGCCAAGGGUUCUGAACCUCCCCUAAAGGAAAAGUAAAGAUUACGCUCUACUCCCGGUGUUAACUCUUACCAUUACAGAAAGGCUGUGGCCAGUGAAAAAAAAAAAAAAAAGGAAGUGGGGGGGGGAGGCAGAGUGGUCUCACUCUGGACCUUAAGGGUGGAGUCCCCGCCUCCUGGUGCAGCAGCAGCAAAGAUAGAUGGGGAGCCACCUGUCAGAGGGCAGUGGGCGGGAGCCGGGGCCGCAACGGCCGCAGGACCGGAGGGCAAGCGCGACUGAGCGCACGCUCAGAGGAGCCAGCUCGCAGAAGGUGAUGGUCUAAGACCCUGGAAGCUGAAGGCCAGUGGGAGGGAAAGAUUGUCACGGAGGUGAGACAGAGCUGCGAGAGGUGGAGGAUUCUGGAGGUGACAGCAAGGAGAGUAAGAAACUGCGCAGGGCGGCCGAAGCUUCUGCGGAGACUCCAGGCGGGCAGCGCUGCAGGAGGGCCCCGCCGGGGCGGGGGGUGCCAUGUCUCGCGAGCGGCCCCCCCGCACCGACAUCCCCCGCAACCUGAGCUUCAUCGCUGCGCUGACAGAGCGCGCCUACUACCGCAGCCAGCGGCCCAGCCUCGAGGAGGAGCCGGAGGAGGAGCCAGGCGAGCGCGGGACGCGCCUUGGGGCCCGAUCCCGCGCUCACGCUCCAAGUCGCGGGCGCCGGGCCCGCUCGGCGCCCGCCGCAGGCGGCGCGACCAGAGCGCCCCGCAGCCGCAGCCCCGACACCCGCAAGAGAGUGCGUUUCGCCGACGCCCUGGGGCUGGAGCUGGCCGCUGUGCGCCGCUUCUGCCCGGGAGAGCUGCCUCGGGUGCCCCGCCACGUGCAGGUCCAGCUGCAGAGGGACGCCCUCCGCCACUUCGCGCCGUGCCAGCCCCGCGCCAGAGGCCUCCAGGAGGCGCGCGCCGCCCUGGAGCCGGCCAGCGAGCCCGGCUUCGUCGCCCGCUUGCAGGCGCAGCGCAUCUGCCUGGAACGCGCCGAGGCGGGCCCGCUGGGCGUGGCCGGGAGCGCGCGCGUGCUGGACCUGGCCUACGAGAAGCGCGUGAGCGUGCGCUGGAGCGCCGACGGCUGGCGGAGCCAACGCGAGGCGCCCGCCGCCUACGCCGGCCCGGCUCCGCCCCCGCCGCGCGCUGACCGCUUUGCCUUCCGCCUUCCCGCUCCACCCAUUGGCGGCGCCCUGCUUUUCGCCUUGCGCUACCGCGUGACGGGCCACGAGUUCUGGGACAACAACGGUGGCCGCGACUAUGCUCUACGUGGGCCGGAGCACCCGGGCAGUGGCGGAACCCCGGAGCUCCAGGGCUGGAUCCACUUUAUCUGAGAUGCCUACGGCCAACCACGGAAAAAACCCAAGGCACCCAGGGGCUAGGGGAGCCCGAAGAUUUGGCGGGGAGGAAUGGGAGAGACCGAGAUUGGCGGGGAGCUGCCCUAAGAGAGACAAGUCGGGGAGGAUGAAGAGGAUGGGAGGAACCAAAGGGGUGUGGGGAGUGGGUGAAAUCAACGAAAGUCGAAAGUCGGGAGAUUGGGGUGGAUGCGAGUGGAAGUAACCCAAGGCGUAGGAGAAAGGAGAUGGAAAAGGUGCUGGAAGAUUAGGGGAAAAAAGCAAAGGGAAGAUGGUGACUUUAUCUUCUGUGAGGGGGCACUGGAAGAAAGUAAGUAGGUUUGUCAGUCCUAGGCAGAGGUUGAGGGUACCUCUUUGGGAUUGAGGAAGUAUUUGGUGUAAACUAGGAGCCCACGACAGUUGAAAUCAUUUACACUCCUGGCUCAUUCCUCCUCUUACAGGCCUUUGCCACUGCAGGUCCCCCAGCCCUGCCCUUCCUAGCUUUAACUCAGCUGUAAUUGCCUUGCUUAAGUCCCAGGAACUUGGCCAUUGCUUCUCAGUCCCUGGCAUUAUGACAGGAUUCCCCUGUCACCCCUGCCAGUCCCUGGCUUCAUUCUCCACUGACUGGCUGAGGAGAGUUGGCAGGUAGCAAUUAACACCUCCUUCCUCCAGCCUCCAGACAACCCUGGGGAUGAAAAUGAAAGCAAAACCAACUCUAGGCCUGUCCUUGUAGCCAAGUAAUGUGAUGCCUAAAAGGUUGGUAGACUCAGGCUUCCAGAAAAAUGCCAGCCUUACUUUUCUGGGUGCCUUCUAAUGACCUCUAAGCACUUUAUGGACUGUAUCUGUCAAGGGAAUGGUGAGUCAUGGGAUUCUUUGUGCCUCAGGAAGAAAGGAAGUUAUUGACUAGCUGGAUAAAUUUGGGCAAGUUCCUUCACCUCUCUGGGCCCCAGUUUCCUCUUUGAGAACCUGGAUUUGGAUUAGGCCCCUUCUUGCUCUAACAUUUUAUGAUCUGUGAGGGGCAGAGUGUGGAUUAGAAGCCAUGUUCUCCAGCCUACAGUUGGAGUGCUACAGUUCAGAACACACAAGCACUCUGAGCAUCUGCUUGGGGCUGAUGAUGGGUCCUCCAGUUUUUGACACAUGUUCCAGACCUCAGGAAGCAUUCAAUAACCAGCCUGUAGCCUCGGGGCAUUCCAGGGCUUCUCAAACCCCUGCUCAUCUCUGCCCCUUGCCUGUUGCUCUUGCCUCCAUAGACUUAAACCUGGGUGCUUUGAGACAGUUUUGGGGAGGUGCCUCUCUUGGGGAAAACAAUGCUUGAGAGCGCCAAAGAUGAAAGGAAACAUGUUGGGGGCUUUCUUGAGGAUAAAGGAUUAUGGGUAUAAGAAAUGGGAAAUAGUUCAAAUCAAGAAUCAGAGCAACUUGGAGUUCCCAUUGUGGCUCAGCGGUAAUGAACCCAACUAGUAUCUAUGAGGAUUUGGGUUUGAGCCCUGGCCUCGCUCAGUGGGUUAAGGAUCUGGCAUCACAGUGAGGUGUCAUGUAGGUCACAGAUGAGGCUUUGAUCCCGCUUUGUGGUGGCUGUGGCGUAGGCUGGCAGCUGCAGCUCCAAUUCCACCCCUGCCCAGAAACUUCCAUAUCCCCUGAACAGAAUCAGAGCAACUUGAAAAUUAAAUGGUACCAGAAGGUGACAGUCUGCUCCGUACACUGAGCAAGUGAAACGGGAAAGGCGGACUUUCCUACCCAUUCACAUUCAUGCUUUAUGUCACUCCUAGUUUUUCCCUCUCACCCUAUUUCUAAGCUCUUUCCUUGUCCCCCUUUCAUUUUUCUUUUAGCAUAUAGGGUAUUUACCAUCAUUUUCUCUAUUUCCAUCUGUUUCCCUUUCAUCCUUGUUGAUCUCUGCUAUUCCUUCUCCCUCCAGAAGGGGUGGAGAACCUACUUCCUUUUCUCCAAGACCGUGGUUGAUCCACCUUCCUUCCUCAGGCUCCUCCUUGACAGUCUUCUAGAAAGAAGAAGGAAAAGAAGUAGUUCCUGAUGCUGCAGAUGAACAAGGAGCUCCCAGGUAACUAGCUACCCACACCCCUUUCUGUCUGUUACAGAUUUCUCAAAAAUAUCUGGAUUCCCCUUUUAUCAUUCAGUGAGAGAGGGUCCGGGCACAUUUGCCCAUACAUGCAUUCAGAGUAGAGUAUGGAACUUGUUACUGUGCCUCUCCUCUCCAAAGCCUUAAUCCUUUGAAGAAAGAUGGCUGGAAAAGAGAAAUCCCAUCAUUCCUCAAAUGCCCAUUUAAACAUCAUCCUUUUCUGGUGAAGAAAACAAAGAAUUUCAUGCAUCUCGUGGAUCACCUCCAGGUCAGAGUUCCAGCAGAGGGAAGAGAGUGUACUGGACACCACCAAGCAAUGCACCUUUUAGUCACCAAUGAAGAGCCCAAGGGAGGAUAAUGGAGCGGGAGACUGGGCCAAGGCUCGGUGUAUAAUAAUCUCUUGCUUAAUGUGUGUGCAUUACUGUUAUGUUGUAUUAGCAAUUGCAACAGCUCAUAUUUUCUUACUUAUCCACUAAAAUCUGGUGUCUUGCAUGCAUUAUAAUCCUCAAAAAACCCUAUGAUUUGAGUAUUAUUAUUCCUGUUUUAGAAAAAAACAGUAACUUGUUCCAGAUCACACAGCUAGUAAAUGGCAGAGCUAGGAUUGUGAACCUAGGUAAUCUCCAGAGAUGCAGGUUCAAUCCCUGGCUUCGCUCAGUAGUUAAGGAUCUGGCAUUGCUGCAGGCUGCACUGCAUAGGUCAAGAAUGUGGCUUGGAUCUGGCAUUGCUGUGGCUGAGCGUAGGCUGGCAGCUGCAGCUCUAAUUCAACCCCUCGCCCAGGAAUUCCAUAUGCCGCAGUUGUGGCCCUAAAAAGAAGACCCCCAAAAAAACCCCAAAAUCUUGCCAUUAAAAUAAAUAAAUAAAACAGGAUGUUCUCCUGUGGUGCCACAGGUUAAAGGAUCCCACAUUGCCCAAUCUGUGGCAUAAAUCGCAACUGUGGCGCAGGUUCAAUUCCUGACCCUGGAGCUUCCACAUACUGCAGGUGCAGCCAAAACAAAAACAAAAAACCCUUGCCAUAUAUCAUCUCUUAUUAGGAAAGACCAGUUUCCAAUUGUGCUCUGAUGUCCCAUCCUCCCAGUCUCCCCCACUGGCUUGGAGAAGGCAAAGCACUAAAGGUCCCAAGCUUCAUCUGCUCCUUCCAGGGGCUUGCUGUUGUCUCCUGUGCCAGUGUCCCAGCUCUGCAGAAUCAGCAAGGAACCACUGCACCUGCCUGCUGGAGAACUUGCGAACCCAUUUGAACUCCGGCCUCUCCACUCUCCAUACUUUGGAAUUCUCGCCUGGCCUUAGCCAGUCUUCUAUGCUUGGUGUGCUGUGCACCUUCCCAUCACCCCUAUUAGCCUUGAACAGGCCAAUUCCCUCAAGUUUCCACUCGAGGGGUCCACUAGGACAAUUGCUGGAUGGUCUGUGCUUGAGCAGAUACAUGAAAACAAGUUCUGGGCAGAGAACCAAGGAGAAUCCAUUGUUGCUAAACUUUUUCUCUAGGAAGUACCAUGGCUCACUCAUACCCCUAUUCUCAGCUUUAAAGAGCCAAGACAUGAAUCUUCCGGUUCUUCCCAAAGAGAGCUGCCCUAGGGCCUAGGGGUAAGCUGCUAGUCUAAUCUGACUUCGGAAACACUAGGAAUUUGGCAGAAUCUUUAGAGAUAUGUCAUGUGUGGUGGGGACUUUCCUCUAAAGACUGAUGACUAGGAAUAGGAACAAUUUUGGGUAUAACCUGUCUGCCAUGGACUGGGAAGUGCCAUAAGAGAAACCCUUACCAUGGUCAGGAGCUUGGGUCCUUGAAGAAACACAGCAAAAACACUCCUUCCCUGUCUUCUCAUCCAGACCUCAGAUGUCUUCCUACACAUUCCUUCUGUUCCUUUGUUUUCCUUUAUGAAUAUAGCUUAUCAUUUCAUAAUAAGCCCUAAAUCAACUUUCUAACCUAAUCCUGCGUUCCCUUGCUCCUAACUCCUGUUUCUCUGGAGCACCACUGGAUCCUUACAAUCUGUAGGUUAGAGCAUCCAGAGACCUGGAAAGGCUUCUCUUUAGAGAUCAUUGGGUGCAGAUAAGGACACAAGUUCAGAGAUGAGCAGGGACCCUGGAAGGGUCAGAGGAUUUGUUAGCGCCACUCCAGAUGGGACUUAGACCUGGGCCUCUUGACCACAUCCUAUUCCCAGGCUACAAAACAGGCCACUCUCCACAUGGUCAGACCCAGGAUUUUUCAUGGCAAGGGAUAAUGUCAGAGAUGUUUCAUUUUUUCCUAACUCCCAUUCCCUUCUCCAUCCAGGCAGAAAGAGAGACAAAGGGGGCUGGUAUGUCCCCAGCCUUGGCACUUUCAGUGAUACUGCUGAAGAACAGUGAAGUUGCUAAAAUAAUCCAUUUAAUAGCUAACUUCAAGGGGAAAUGAAAGUUGCUGUGUGAAUCCCCCAAAACCACUGUUCCCAUCAGGUUCUCCCAGAACCUCCUCUGACCCUUCACAGUGCAGCCCUGUUCACUGGGCUCCAGACUCACUGGUAUUGUGCCUCAUUUUGGCCUCCUCAUGCAAGUGACCUCCCUCCUGGAUAAAAGACCUCAUAUUUGAAAUAAAGUUGAAAUAUGAAAAGAAAGUA